CUUUCGUCGCGUUCGGGUUCGCCAUUUUUGUUAAACUCUCACAACGGAGGGCCAGCAGCAGCAGAAGGCAGCGCUCAAAAAUUUGACGUCGUCGCGAACAGUUCCGCGGAGUGUGUGUCUUCUUCCCGUCUCCGAAAGUUUGCGACCAAAUUCGCCCCGGUACGGUACGGCGAUCCCCGGGUGACAAUCGUGUGGAACCUGUGUCCUGUGCCGCGGACAGAGUGCGUGCGGAAGUGUGAGCCCCGUUGGCCAUGGUUUGCUGUGGUCUCGGGAAUCGGUCACGAAAGAAUUUCAGAUUUUCGUCGUCGUCGUCGCAGCAACCUCCUUUUUUCUUCCCUCUCGCUUGGUCUUCUUGUUCCGACGGGCUCUUGCCGUCUCCGUCGCUCCACUUUCGUCGACGACCAGCAGCAGCAGCAGGAGGAGGAGGAAGAGAAAAACGCGAAGAAGGAGGAAAAUAAGAAAAAAGUAGAAAAGCAGGCUCUGGACGAAAACGCUGAGAAAAACCGACGAAAAAUAAUACACACUCAGAGGAGGGAUAAGCCCCCGUCGAAAACCGUGUAAAAAUGGAUACUUUGCCCCGUGUUGAUGUGUCAAAUUGGGCGCUUUUCCGACGCCACAGUGAAAAAUCGCAUUUUCCACCGAAGGCGACGACGGCAGUUUAGGCGUCCGUCAGGAGAAAAAGCCACCAAAAGAGAAAGGGAGAGAGAGCGCAAAGAGUAAUCAAGUGCUAAAAGUUACAGAAAAUAAGUGAAAAAAAUAAAUAAACUACAGAAUUACGAUGAGAAUGUCAACUGAAGCAGCAGUAGCAGUAGAAGAGAGAUAAGUUUGAAGUCAGUGUAGAAGUGAAGAAUCGCAACCCCCCCAACAAGUAUCGACAGUCUUCGCAGCAGCAGCGUAGGAGAUUGUAACCAUGGGAGACCGGGAUGUUCCGAGCGUCCCGAUCACCACCCUGGCCGGGUUGACCAGCCUGUCGGACAUGCUGAGCGAGCUCCCGAUUUCGGACUCCCUCUCGACGGUGUCCACGGCGCUGAACCGGUCGCUGCUGUUCCACCCGCGGGUCGCCGAGGAGGCCAACAAUCUGCUGGCGACGCGCGACGAUAGCCUGAUUGGGCAGCUGGUGAACGCGAUCGAGCAGACCAACUCGGACCACAUCGAGCUGAAGGAUCAGUACAGCCAGCAGCAGGCCCAGCAACAGGCCAACCAAAGCAGGCAGCAACUGCUGCAGGAGGGUCCGCUGUUGCUGCAGGCGAUUCACGCCUGCCGGGCGGAUGUGUUCAACAGGCCGUCGUCGUCGUCGGCGACGGGUCAGCAGCAGCAGAAAAUAAUAUCUACAUCACAAGCCCAAGUUUUUAAUUUUCCAACCGACCACUACUCCUCCAUCCAAACACACCACCUUCAGCAGCAGCCGGUGCAGCAGCAGAUUUACGUGCCCCAGCAGCACCAUCCACAGCCGCAAUUCGUUUUCAGUCAGUCCCCAAUUACCAUCCACCACGCACCGGCCUCCGCCAGCCAUCCGGCAACGGUCGUGGUCCAUCAACAGCAACCAACAGCCGUCCAAAUCGGUGCUGCUGCUGCAAACUCUUAUCAGCCGCAAUCGACGCCGCAAAAAGUCAUCAUCCGGCAGCAAGUUAUUAACCUUCAAAAUAUCCCUUACUCCUCCCCAUCCGCCCCCGCAGAGAACAACCAGCUUCAGCAGCAGCAACAGCAACAAAUCUUCCAGCAGCAGCAGCAGCAACAACAACAACAUAAUCAAAACGUCAUCGUUACACACCAAACGGUCAUCCAGAAUCAGCAGCAGCCCCAGUUCCACAGUCAGCAACUUCCACCGCAGCAGCAGCAGCAACAGCAGUUGAGGCCCGCGACGCAGUCGGUUAUUCAGCAGCCGCAGGUGCAAGUGACGGCCACUUCCUCGAAUGUACUUCCGGUGCAUCAGCAGAACCACGUUCCCCAGCAGCAGCAGCAGCAACAGGCAAUUUACCAACCGCACCAACAAAAUGUGAUAAACAAGAACAACCUACAACACAGUGCCUCAGCUGCUGCGCCGCAGCAACAGCAGCAGCAGCCACAUCUCGUCAACAACGUCGUUCAGCAGACGCCGCCGGGAGUGUUGAAGCACUCAGUCGCCGCGCCAGUCGGAAUCGAGCAAUCUCAGCAGCUGAAGAACGGAAGUACCACCAACAACCUGCACAACCACCAGUAUCCAGCUGCGCAGCAGCAGCAACUCCCGAAUCACGUCGCGAAAGCCCCCGAGGCCGCCCCUCGCAACAGUGAAUACCUGCAGCAGCAGCAGAGCAAGAACCUGGGCGCCCCAGGUCGGCCAUCGCCGGCCCAAGGCACAACCGCCCCGGAAACCGACCCCACCCAGACGGCCCUGCGAAAGCAGCAAGAACAACAGCAAGCGGCGCAGGCCGCCGGUGCAAGCCCAGUUCAGCGGAUAUCGCAGCCAAUGCCGGCGCCCGCGAAUCAACCCAAAACCCAACCAGUAACGACGGCUGCGCCACCGCGGCCAAUCUCCGUCGCGGGAGCGCUCCAGCGAGCCGGAAUGAACGCCACGCAGAAAGCUGCGCCACAACCUGCCACAAGUCCCGUCGUGACGACGAUCGGCGUUGCGGGAGCGUUGAUGAAGGCGCCGACGGCGGUAACGACACCUCAGGCGCCUGCGACGCCUAAGCCGAAACCGUUGAAGAAGCCGGAGCGGGUUAAUUUGAAGAAGCUCUGUCGGAUGAUGAACCUGUCGGAUGUGGGCGGGGUUGCGUUGAAGAAGUGCUCCGUCCGGUUGGACAAGUUCUCCGAGGAGCACCUCAAGUUGAUGCAGGAAGAUCUGAAGAAGUUUACGCUGGCGGAGCCGAAGCUGGCGAUGAAGUUGGGCCUAACUAAGAAGAGCAACGAAAUGAUCUUUAGCAAGAUGAAGGAGGACGAGAAGAGGUACGCGGGGCUGUUGGCGAAGCGAAAGGCCCAGGACGAUGCCGUCAAUCCGGAGGAUUUGUUCAGCAAGCCGAAGUUGAGGAAGGUUGAACGAUUGGUGGCGCCGGUCGUGAAGAAGAUGUCCAAGGAGGAGUUGAUGAGCACGAGCAUGUACCAGCGAUUCAUGUCGAUCAUGGACAAGAUCUUCGAUCAGCUGGACGAAACGGAGGCGCCGAACCUGGACGACGGUGACGAACAGCUGGACUGCAUUCCGACGAGCAUGCUCACGAACAUUGGCUCGGAAGCGGCCAAACUGAAGGCGCGCAACGCCAUCGAUGCCAUCCCGGAGAACAAACUGACGAUGCUCAUUACGUACGCGAUGCGGUCGAUUCACUCGGCGAAGAACCUAAGCGGGACAGAGCUAGGGGACGACCUGGUGGGGGACGAGUGCAUCGAAAAGAUCCUCAACGCCAUGGAAGCCUCGUUGCUCAUCUGCUCGAUCUACACCUGCAAAAGCACCAAAUUCCUCCAGGAGGACAACAUCGACUCGGUCAUCAAGUUCGUUCAGUUCCAGCUGCGCGAAACCGUCUUUCCCUCGUUCGACCCCGUCUACUCGGUCGAAACCAAGAAGAAAACCGACGGCAAAAAGUCCAAAAAGGCCCCAAGCUACCAGCAAAAGGGACUCACCGUCCUGUACACGAAAAUCGUCGAACUCGGCAAACUGCUCGUCACCAUGUUCGAAAAGUUCCACUUUGUGGACACGAUCGUGAUUCACGCGUCCGCCCUCGGCGUCGAGCCCUUCUUCGUGGACAACAUCGAAACGCUCCAGUUCGUGUGUCUCGACCUGGUGACGUCCAUCUUCCAGAACGAAAAGUACCAACACCACCGGCGAAACAUCGUGGCGGACAUUCUCUCCUCGAUCGAUCGACUUCCGCACUCGAAGCGCAACCUGCGGCCGUACAAGCUGGUCAACAACGGCGGAAACAUCCAGAUGAUGACGGCGCUGGUGCUGCAGCUGAUUCAGUGCGCCGUCGUCCUGCCGGAAUCGCUCGGCGAAAGCAACUCCAAGAAGGCGGCCAACAACGACGUGGCGAACAGCAACCCCAAGUCGGCGGACCUGUUCAUCAUCGGCAAGUACGACACGGCGCUCAGCAUCGGCGGCAACUUCCUGGCCACCUUUCUGGACAAGUGCAAGAGCCGGUCGAGUGAAACCGACUUCCGUCCACUGUUUGAGAACUUUAUCCACGACCUGCUGACGACGGUCAACAAGCCGGAGUGGCCCGCGUCCGAACUGCUGCUCAGCUUGCUCGGCACGAUGCUGGUGAAGAAGAUGAGCGACAAAGGAACGGAACAGUCGAUACGGGUGGUUUCGCUCGAAUAUCUGGGCAUCGUGGCCGCCCGGUUACGGAAAGACACGGUCGAGUCGCGCUGCAAGGUGCGAACGAUGGACUCGCUCAUCAAGUACAUCAAGAUCGAGCAGGAGAAGGAGGGGGACGAGUACACGAACCGGUCCAAGUUCCAGCUGGACGAGGAAGAGGAACGGACGGAGUUUCUGCAGAAGAUCCUGUUGGAUUUUUUAGCCGCCAACGCCCAGGAAGGAAACAUCGUGUGGAACCACGCGAGGCAGUUCUACAUUACCCAGUGGUAUCGGGACAUUAUCCAGCGGAAAAAGAGUAUCGCCGAAGGCGAGAAAGGUUACGCGUCCCGCAAAAAGCAAGCGAAAAAGAGGAAAAAGUACCUCAGCGAGUCCGAGUCGGACGGUGGCGGUGCCGGCGGCGACUCGGACAUCGAAGAGGUCAAAACCGGCGUCGACCAGGAGCUCAACAGUGAAAUCUUCCGGCUGCUGGACAACCGGAAGACCACCUACCUGGCGCAAAUCUGCCCGUUUGGCGGACGGAACGCGGCGACCGGUGGCGAAAUCAAAACCUACAUCGACUACAGCAACGCGAACCUGAUUGCGCAGUACCUCGCCAGUAAGCGAUCGUUCUCGCAGAGCUUCGACAAAUACCUGCAGAAGAUUAUCCUGGUGGUGCGCGAACCGGUGGUGGCGAUCCGGACGCGCGCCAUGAAGUGCCUCGGCAACAUCGUCGAGGUGGACCAGAUGGUGCUGGCGCGGAAGGACAUGCAGAUGGGCGUGCACCAGAAGCUGCUCGAUACGGCCAUCUCGGUGCGGGAAGCGGCCGUGGACCUGGUGGGGAAGUACAUCCUGUCCGAUCCGGACCUGAUCGAUCAGUAUUACGAGAUGAUUUCGCAGCGGAUAUUGGACACGGGCGUUUCGGUGCGCAAGCGGGUCAUCAAGAUCCUGCGGGACAUCUGCAUCGAGUACCCCGAGCAGGAGAAAAUUCCGGACAUUUGCGUCAAGAUGAUCCGGCGCGUCAACGACGAGGAGGGCAUCCAGAAGCUCGUGAUGGACGUGUUCAUGACGAUGUGGUUCACGCCGAGCAAUCCGAGCGAUAAGGGCGCCAUGGACCGGAAAAUCACUCAAAUCAUCGACGUCGUCUGCUCAUCCCAUGAGACUGGUACUCAAGGGUUUGACGCGCUGUUGAAGUCGAUAUUCGAGCCCAAGGAGGUCAAGGCGGACUCGACCGCAAAGAAGGAGAUCCCGAAAACGCUGAUCAAAGCGUGCCAGCAGAUCGUGGACGGCCUCGUGGACGCGACCAUGAAGCUGGAGAGCUCGGAGAACAAAAAGCUGGUGGGGUGCAUCACGGCACUGCAUCUCUUCUCGAAGAUCCAGCCGCAGCUGCUGGUGAACCACGCGAUGACGCUGGAGCCGUACCUGAACAUCCGGUGCCAGAACGCCAUCAACUACAAGUUCAUUAGCAGCGUGGCGGAGAUUCUGGAGCAGGUCGUCCCGCUGAUGGACCACCCGAGCGAGAUCUUCCUGGCAGACCUGGAGUCGCACCUGAUGAUGUUGAUCGUCACCCAGAGCCAGGCGGUGGUGCUGAGUUGUGUGUCGUGUCUGUCCGGGGUUGUAAAUAGGAUAACCAAGAACUACGCACUAAUACGAGACUGUUUUUCAAAAUUUUACUAUAAGGGAUUAGUAUCGAGCAAGAAGCUUCUGUCCGAGUCGGCGAUACCGAUCGAGCAACUGUACAGGCCCCAGUUCCGGCGGAGCAUCUACACCGUCGGGUUGAUCAUGCGGUACUUUGACUUUAAGCAGCCGGACGUGUACGGCGGUGCGGAGGAUGCGCAAGGUGCCCUGCCGGCCAACAUCUGCGACGACGUGUACAACACGCUGGCGUUCUUCCUGUCCUGCAGCCACAGCGAGAUCUGCAAGGAGACGCUGCUGUCGAUGGGCAACUUUUGCGUCAAGAACUACGAGUAUCUGACCAAGACGGAGCUGCGCGAGUACUACAACUACCUGCUGACGCAGGACACCGUCCUCACCGAGAUGAAGAUCAACGUGCUCAAGAACAUUCUGAUGUAUCUGACCGAGGAGGAGAACAAGAUGGUGCGGAACGACAAAGAAUGGGAGAAGCAGUCUAAGACGGAGGAUCUGAAGGAGAUGGGCGACGUGUCGUCCGGCAUGGCCAGCAGGGUGAUCCAGAUCUACCUGAAGGAGAUACUGCGGAGUUUUCUGCACCGGGACACGGGCGUGCGGAUGUGGGCGAUGCGCGUGGUGGAGAUUGUGCUGCGACAGGGUCUGGUGCAUCCAGUACAAAUAGUUCCUUAUCUAAUAUGUUUAAGUACGGACCCGGAAAAGGAGGUCGCACAUAGUGCGGAUCGUCAUCUCCAGGAGAUCGACAAGCAUUAUCCCGGUUUUGUAAAUAUGAAAUCUCACGCCGGCAUGCAGUACUCGUUCGAGCUGCAAGUCUUGCUACAGAAGCGAGACGCCAGCAGUAUAGUAAGAGGUUACAGGAUUCGCGACCCCGCCGAGCCACCCACCGCGCUCAACGGCUUCCUGUACACGCUGCUGCGCAACACCAAGCCCCAGCGGCGCGCCCUCGUCCAGUCCAUCACGAAGCAGUUCGACGACGGCAAGAUCGCGCUCCAGCAGAUGCUCUACCUGGCGGACAACCUGGCCUACUUUCCGUACGCCGUGCAGGACGAACCGCUCUACAUUAUCCAUCAUAUUGAUGUACUGAUUUCGGUGGCCGGCACCAACCUGCUGGCCACGUUCCGGGAAGGACUGAAGCCUCCGCCUGGCGCGGAGAACAAUCCCGAGCAGGCCCCCAACCCGCUGGAGGACGACGACGAUGACGACCAGGAGGCGAUACUGAACCGGUUGCCGGAGGACACGACCGAGCUGCAGACAUGCAUCACGUCGGCGCAGGGUUGCAUGCUCCUGUUAAUACUCAAGCAGCACCUGAAAGAGACGUAUGGUAUCACGGACUGCAAAAUAUCCCGAUACUCACCGUCGGAAGCGGGCAAGAUCUACGACAAGGCGAUGCAGCGGCGGUCGAACUCGCUGUUCGAUCCGAAGGCCACGAUCACGCUGCUUCGCGAGAACCGAACAUCGGAGGGCGUCCAGUCGCAGGAGGAUCGGGUCGAGCUGGUGCAGCGAUACUUGGAUUUCAAACAACUAAUGCUGCGGCUCGAUCCGGACGAUCCCGACCUGCUGGACGAGGACGAUAAGCUACCGCCAAAGGGCGGCGCCGGCUCGGAACCCAACUCCACAACGACAACACCGGUCAAGCAACCUCCGCCGGCCGGUGGUGACACCAACAGCACAACUCCUGCCACUGGAAGUAGCAACAGCCACAGCAACAACGCGCCCGGAAGUACGACGCACCACCACGUGAACAACGUCAGUCGAACGCCACGGUCCACGGGCGGAGGACGGUCUAGCAGUACGGCAAACUCGGGCUCGUCGGCGCGAAAAUCGUCGUCCCAGGCGGGACGGGGAUCCGCCCGGAAAAAGCGCCGAAAAUUGUCCAGUUCCGAAGAGGAGGAAAGCGACGCCAGUGAUAUGGAUUAUGACUAAGGGGAGAGCGAGAGAUGGAAUCAACCAGAAAUAAGGUAAGCAACAAACCAGAGGAAGUCUAAUAUAUUCACCAAAACUCAAACAAUUCUUUGCGCCACAAACUGAAUGCAAAACAAAACAAACAAACUUAAUUGUACAGAGAGACAAAAUAAAUAUCACUGUUUUCGAUCCUCU